CGGACAGAGAGUGAACGAGGAUAAGAAUAAGACUGGACACAUAAGAAGGGCUCGAAAGGCAAAAAGGUACCGUCAAAACAAAAUUCCUCUUGGGCUGGAUCAAGAUAGCUGAAGAAUGGCAGCCCCUCCACCGGGGAAUUUUAAUAUAGUCAACUUUCGUUAGCCAUUGUUUCUUGGAUUACUUUGCUUUUUGGAAAGUGUUCUUGCUUUUCGGACGUUUAAACAUCAUUGCUGUGCAUAUUAGCCUUCUGGAAAGUGUUUUGCUGCUUGCUGGAUUUGCUGUGACAGAGAUGAGUGAGCGAAGGCGAUCUGCCGCCGCUCUGAGCUCCAGAGCGCACGCCUUCUCGGUAGAAUCACUGAUUGGGACAAACAAGAAAAGAAAACUCCGUGGCUGGGAGGAGAAAGAGCUCCAGUUGUCCAUCGAAAACAUUGCGACCAACGGGCAUUUGGGGGACGGCGACCAUUCGACACAAUCUCUGGACAUGGACCCCGAUUCAGAAGCCAGUCCCGGCUCAGACUGCGAGGGCCUGGCAGACGGGAUGUCGUGCUCGUUCGGCUCUCCAUCGGACCUGGGCCCCGCGGCCCGCGAUGCCUCGCCACCCUCCUCCAUGGAAGAGGUCCAGGUAGAGCUGCAGUGUGCCGACCUCUGGAAGCGCUUCCACGACAUCGGCACGGAGAUGAUCAUUACCAAAGCGGGCAGGUAACACCCAGCACAAGACCCGAGGAAAAUCUCACCACGCUGAAGCUAAAUAUUAAAUAAAUAAUAAAAUUAUAAAUAAUAAAAACCCCAAGUUUAAAUGCUCUUGCCUCCUUCAAAUUGAUUCAUGCAUCACAUCUAAAUUAAUAAAUCUACAAUACAAUCAGGUUAA